CUGGAAUUUGAGGCAUGCCGGUUUUCUAGAAACAUCCAGAUCCCAAGGCUUUUCUAUGGCUUUUGCACACGACGCGCGGCGGGCGGCUUCACACGAGGCGGCGAGGACCUGGGAUAAAGCGGGCGGGCGCGGGGCGCAGCGGUGGGAGCCGAGCGGAAGGUGAGUGCGCGCUGCCGUCGUCCCGCGCGCAACUUUGAGUGCGCGCACUGGGGGGAGUGCGGCAUGCCGACCUUGGACAAGCAGAAUCUGCUGGAGAGCACGCGUGGAGCCCGGUCUUACUUAGGAUCUCUGUGGAAGAGUGACGCUGGCUGGACCCCUCCUGUGGACCUGCCCGCCGUUGAGCUGGCUGUCCAGAGCAACCAUUAUUGCCAUGCCCAGAAGGAUUCUGCCAGCCACCCUGACCCCAAGAAGCAGAGUGCCCGGCGCAAGCUCUAUGUGGCCUCUGCCAUUUGCCUGGUGUUCAUGAUUGGAGAAAUCAUUGGUGGGUACCUGGCUCACAGCCUGGCCAUCAUGACCGACGCAGCCCACCUGCUCACCGAUUUUGCCAGCAUGCUCAUCAGCCUCUUCUCCCUCUGGGUGUCUUCCCGACCGGCUACCAAGACCAUGAACUUCGGCUGGCAGCGAGCUGAGAUCCUUGGAGCCUUGCUGUCUGUCCUGUCCAUCUGGGUGGUCACUGGAGUGCUUGUGUACCUGGCUGUGCAGCGAUUGAUUUCUGGAGAUUACGAGAUCGAAGGGGCCACCAUGCUGAUCACGUCGGGCUGCGCCGUGGCUGUGAACAUCAUAAUGGGAUUGGCCCUCUAUCAGUCGGGACAUGGGCACAGCCACGGCCCUGGGCACAGCCACGGCGAUGACCGAAGCCGAGGCGACAGCAGCCAGCAGCAGAACCCCAGCGUUCGAGCUGCCUUCAUCCAUGUGAUUGGGGACCUUCUGCAGAGUGUGGGGGUCCUGGUGGCAGCCUACAUUAUAUACUUCAAGCCGGAGUACAAGUACGUGGACCCCAUCUGCACCUUCCUCUUCUCCAUUCUGGUCUUGGGGACAACGUUAACCAUCCUGAGAGACGUGCUCUUGGUUCUCAUGGAAGGGACUCCCAAAGGCGUGGACUUCACGGCUGUGAGAAAUCUCCUGCUGUCCGUGGAUGGCGUGGAAGCCUUACACAGCCUGCACAUCUGGGCGCUGACAGUGGCCCAGCCAGUGUUGUCCGUCCACAUAGCAAUCGCUCAGAAUGCUGAUGCCCAGGCCGUGCUGAAGGUGGCUAGGGACCGUCUCCAGGGGAAGUUCAAUUUCCACACCAUAACCAUCCAAAUCGAGAGCUACUCUGAGGACAUGAAGAACUGCCAGGAGUGCCAAGGCCCCUCGGACUGACAGACGCUAGCCCACCGGAGGCACGGGCUGUGUUUGGGCUCGAUCCUCAACUGACUACAUCCUACCGCAGCUGGAAACACACCCAGGCACAGAAGAGGGGACUCGGGGUGUCCUGUAUGACGCAGGGCCUUUGUGUCCUGAACAGAAAAUUGAACAAGAUAAAAUGUUAAUGGGAAGCCCUUUUGUAGGGUCAGUCUCAUCGAUAAAAUAAUUUUGAAGCGCACUCAGAAGGAAGGUCUGAAGGCAUUUUAUUAGAAUUUUUUUUGGGGGGGGACCAACCAGGCAAGCUGUUAAUCUCAGCAGCUGCUGGAAGAAGAGUGAGGGAGAAGGAAGAAAACCUUUUGAGUUAGGGUCAGCAGAGGCGUUCUGUAAACAACUGAAUGGCUAAGUGGGAGAAGGGGGUAGAGAAACAGAAAGCAUGAACACCCCUCUGCCACACACAAACACACACAUGUAAAAUUUAAAGAUGAAAAUGAAGGGGCUGGGGAAGAUGGCUCAGCGGUUAAGAACACUGGCUGCUCUCUCUAAGGACCCUGGUUCAAUUCCCAGGACCCACGUGGUAGCUCACAACUGUGUAACUCAUUCUGGUGAAUCUGGCUCCGUCACAGACACCAAAUGUUUAUAAAAAUAAAUAUUUUUUUUUUAAAUGAGAUAGAAAGGGGGAAAGGAGAAAUCAUACUUUUGAAUUAGAAUUUGGGAAAACAAGCUAACUUAGCCAUUAAGGUAUCUUAUAUGUGGGGGCUGGGCCCCACAGAGCUGUAAGUACCCUGCUCAAGGAGAACACUCCUUGCUCCUUUCAGUUCCUUAGCAUGUCUUUGGGUGACUACCAGGCCCAAUUGAAUGAAUUCUAUAAAAAGUGGGGGGUGGGGGCCUGGAGAUGGCCUGGGCUGGUAUAGAACCCAGUUUCCAUUCUUCUGACCGGGAGGAAUUUGCUUCUAGGGGAGACUGGCCUCAAGGACAAGGCUUUACCCAGUGGGUCCCAGCAACUGCCUCUCUGCACAGUUGAGAGCAGAGCCUAUUUCUAUGACACAGCACACCGAGGCCAUGGGGCCUGAGUUCAUACGAAUCCCUGGAGAUGAGGUGUUAAAGGGUACCUGAGGCUUUCCUGGGCCUUGGUCGUUUUGGCUGUGGUCCCCAUGUGGACUUCCUGGAGGAGGAGUCCUUUUAGUUGUGAGGAACCUGCCUGCUUCCUUCCUGGUCCCCCAGCCCAGGGAGCUGUGUCAAAAGUAUCAUAACCUUGACACAGGUAUCAGGGACAGAUUCUAGCCCCAGGGCCUGAGACUUCCCUUGACCUGACACUAUCCCAGGAGAUUGUAGCUCCUGUUCUGUUGCCGAGGUGACAGGGCCUAGUUUGAACCCAGGGAUGAGGACCCACACGGGCCCACAAGGACGGCCGUUCUUGAGUUAGAAGAAUCCUUAGAGCUGGCUUGAGGUCACGAGACGCAAGAGGAAGAGAGCUGUCCGCAGCCUUACAGGGGUGGCAGGCCUAUCUCUUAGGAAACCCGGGGCCAACGUGUACAUCUGUUACUGUAGGCCGGUCCUUGAGGUUGUCACUGCUCAGUGCCUGUGACUCACAGAGACCAGGAACUUCGUGACGCCUCCCCCACAGGACUGUGAAGACGGCCCAGCCUGCCACACACCUGCUGGUUGUGUGCUGGCCGUUUUGACCGGUGUCCUGGAAAAGGCUGUUGUGAAAGGCCAGGCAGGCGUCCCCACUGUCCUGCGUUGACUCAGAGGAAAGGCUGGGUGUUUGCCUCCCCUAGCACCAUGCCAUGCUUUAAAUAAAUGGCUAGCCCUUGUUUUA